CUGAAACUGACAUGAGACGAGCAUCCUUUUUCAGUGUUGACUAUUCCAAUCACACAUUGGUGGGCGGAGUUAGUGUAAAUAGCUUUUGCCAAAAAGGCGGGCUAAUUUGCAUUUAGUGUAAAUAGACACUCCGAUUAUUGGCGCAAUGUCUGACCCUUGCAGACAUCAAAAAUUAUUCAACUGGAAAAAAAAAAGAAAAGGUUGCAUGGAAAAACACUUCCUUCCUAAUGAUGACUAUCAUUUAGAUUCAAGAAGUCAAAAGUUCAGAAUGAGAUCAUCAUUUUUUUUAAUCUCAUAAACGGAUGUUGGUUAUACGUCAAUGAUGAGACUGUGAGAGAAACAUAAAUAAACUUUGACAUACUGUACAACUUUUCUAUGACCCUUCACGCUGAUAUAGCUGUGGAAAAGCCUUUGUGAAUCUCAAGGGAACUUCUGCUGUUAAAACGGGGAUAUCUGUAGGAAUAACACCAAAUCAGACUAAAUCUUAGAAGACACCGGGAAACACACAGACGUUUGUGAGUCCAUUCCCGUGCAAAAUGACAAACCAUUUGGUGAUUUUAGCCGUCUACAUCCUGACGUUUCUGAUCGGCCUUCCUGCCAAUCUGCUGUCCAUUUGCACGUUCUUUAAGAAACUGAGUGACAAACCCAGUCCGAAUGACAUCCUGCUCUUCAGCCUGACGGCUUCUGACUUGGUUUUCCUACUCUUUCUGCCCUUCAAGAUGUACGAAGCCGCCAUUGGCAUGAAAUGGUAUUUAUCCCAGACCCUGUGCUCCGUUGCAUCUUAUGUCUAUUUCACCACCAUUUACACCAGCUCCCUGUUGCUCAUGGCUAUAGCCAUUGACCGCUACAUAGGGCUGAGGUUUCCGUUCAGGUACAGACUUUUGCAUAAGCCGCUUUACGCCGCAACAGGAAGCGUCAUCAUCUGGCUGGUCAGCGCUGCCCAUUGCAGCAUCGUAUUCAUCACUGUCCACAUGCCAGAUCCGGACGCCACCUUUCCCAAAAUGGUCUGCUACGAAAACUUCACCGAGAAGCAAAAGAAGACCUUGUUACCAGUUCGACUCGAAAUGUUUGUGGUUCUAUACAUGCUGCCACUCUUAGUUUCUAUCUUCUGCUAUAGCAACUGCAUCUACAUCCUGUACAGCAGGCCUCAUAUAAGUAAAGAGAAAAAGCAAAGGGCCAUUGGCAUGGCGUUGUGCACACUGACCAUCUUUUUACUCUGUUUUUUACCCUACAACUUGUCCCAUCUGGUGGGGUUCAGCAGCAACAACAGCCCAUGGUGGAGGUACUACACGCUCCUGCCCAGCACCCUCAACACCUGUCUGGAUCCGUUCGUGUUUUACUUCUCCUCCUCCACUUUCCGUGAAAGCAAAACGGUUUCUUUACUUAAGAAUUGGUGUUUUAGACAUAAGAAGACUAAAAAGAGUGAAACUGAACUUGUAAUUGUGGCAAAAUGAACAUCAGUUAUGACUUCAUGCAAAUUGCAAGAUCUAUGUAUUCAUUUAAUAACUUUAAAUAUCCAUUCAUUAUUUAAGGAUUGAUACAUUUGGCAUAGUUCUUUUCUAAAGUUUGGGGUUGUUAAGAAUUUUAAUGUUUUUAAAGAAGUCUCUUAUGCUCGCCAUUUGUUUGAUCAAACAUACGGUAAAAAUCUGAAAUAUUAUUGCAAUUUAAAACAACUGUUUUCUGUCUGAAUAUAUUUUGAAGUGUAAUUUAUUUCUGUGAUGCAAAGCUGAUUUUUUUUUUUUUAGCAUCAUUACUCUUCAGUGUCACAUGAUCCUUCAGAAAUCAUUCUGAUAUGCUGAUUUCAUUAAGUUUCAUUAAAAUACUCUGAAUAU